AUGUCACCCAAAGCCUUAGCGCAGGAACUUCCUCGGCUACCCAAGUCCUCCUCCACAUGCGCCAGCGCGCGCUGGCAAGCCGUAGUGACUCGAGAUGCCACAGCCAACUCCUUUGUCUACGCCGUCCUCACCACUCGAAUCUACUGUCGUCCCGCAUGCCCGGCGCGUCUCGCCCGACGAGCCAACGUCCGCUUCUACGACAAUCCGUCGCAAGCCGAGCAAGCAGGUUUCCGGCCCUGUAAGCGCUGCAAGCCUGAUUCCCCUGAGGCGGACAAAAGCCCCCAGGGCCAAUCAGUGCACCGAGCCUGUCAAACUAUCAAAGCUACCAUCCAGUCUGGAUCAAAACCAACCCUACAAAGGCUGGCGGCAGAGGCGAACCUGACGCCCAGUCAUUUUUUCCGUGUCUUUAAGAAGGUCAUGGGCGUUACACCGGGGAAAUAUGUGGCGGAGAUGUUGAGGAACGAUGCAGUUGUUGGGAAUUCUGGAUGUAACCCAUGCGAUGGGUGGGUCUCGGUCGGGCUGGAUGGUGGUAGUCAUAAUGAUCAUGACAAAGAAGAGAAUGGGGCUGGGGCCGUGCUGUGGAACGACUUUGAUGUUUUGAUAGCCGCUGAGGCAGGGUUCGUUGCGAUGCAGGAUGUACAACCUGUAGAUGAACUGCUUGCUUGGCGUGGAGUACUAGGUUCUUACGAUGGGGGUUUGGAUGAAACUACUUUAUCGGAUGGGAAGUCUACUUGAAGAAAAGGGAUUCCUUGGGAGUGAACGGAAAUGAAACCCCCGGGUGGGUGGACUUUUUUUUACAUGAAGCGACUGUCGCGUGACAUGCACAGCCUGGAUGGGACCUUUUAGCUGCAACUUGUCUUAGUCGGUAUCUACGGGGUGCCUUAAACUGGCGAUGUCUAGGACUUACGUAUUAUUAAGGGGAAGGAAGGGCGGUGGUGGUGGUGCUGAUGGUGCUGCUGGUGCUGGGGCCGUCAGCAGAAUGGGGGUGAGACUCAGGGAGUAUAUAUUUUCCCGCCUGUGCUGGGCUCCAUAGUAGAUAGUAGGGGUCUUCUUUCAAUAAUCAUCCUCAAACACACGGUACGAUCUUUGCCUGUUUGACAAUGACCUCCGCAUCGAAGGGGGGUGUUUCAGAUCGAGUUCCACUAUCUAUCUACAGUACUCCGUAGUCAGUAACACUAUCUACCUAACACGAGUACGAGUAAGUGUGCCACAUGAUACAAAUGCU